CAGUCCUUCUACCCAACAACAACAACGGGGAGGUGGAGACAGUAGUGGCUGGAGUUUUAAUACAUUUUUUUUUACCUUUUCAUCUCGUUUUAGCUCUGCUUUUUGUUGUUAACUAUGUCAUAUAAUGCAGACGUGGAGGAAGAGGUGGACAGAGGCGUGGCAGCAGCUGUGGUAGUGGCGAAAUCAAGAAUAAAUUCUGGGUGUCACUCUCGGAGUCCCGUGGUUGGUCUCGUGACACCUCAUCAUCAUCAUCUCCAAGACCAUGAAGAUGACUACCAAAACCACAACCAUCAUCAUCACCUCCACCACGACGACGAUGACGACGAUGUAGCACUCUUGCCAGAGCCUGUGGCAGCCACUGCAGGGCAUCAAGAUGAUAUCUUUGCUUCCUGUCAACUUGCAAGUAGUUAUGGAGACGAUGUUGGAAUUUCAUGGCAAAAGGCAGUGUUCCUGAUAGUCAAUGCAGGCCUGGGUGCAGGGCUUUUAAACUUUCCCAAAGCCUUUCAUGAAUCAGGUGGAAUUGUCUCUGGCAAUCUUGUUCAUAUUAUUUUCACAUCCUUUGCUCUUGGAUCUCUCAUCAUCCUCGUUAAGUGUGCAAAUGAACGCAGAUGUAGCACUUAUCAAGAGUUGGUCCUGCACAUGUGUAAUCCUGGAUGGAACGUGGUGGCUUCUCUAUGCAUAUCAGUCUACUGCUUCAUUACAUGUAUCACCUUCAUAAUUAUAAUUGGCGACCAAUUUGACAGAGUGUUUGCAUCAUUUGUGGGAAAAGGUUUCUGUCAUACGUGGUAUUUCAACAGAAAGUUUACAAUGACAGUAUCAUCCUUGCUACUGAUCUUUCCUUGCUGUUUCAAGAGGAUUGAUGGUCUUAGAUUCAUGAGCUAUGUUGGUGUUUUGUCCAUCUUGUAUCUGGUGGCAGUCAUAGUUGGUGAAUUUUAUACUGGCAGCUACAACAAAGGGCCGGUCAUAUUCUUUGACGUUCAUUGGACACAGAUAUUUGAUGUAGUGCCAACAAUAUGUUUCGGGUACCAGUGCCAUGUAAGCAGCAUCCCAAUUUACUCUUGCCUGAAGGAACACAAUGCUUCGUCAUCAUUUAUAAAGGCAUGUGUUGCUGCCAUUGUGGUGUGUUUUCUCGUGUACACAGUUUCGGCCAACUAUGGUUACUUAACAUUUGGAUCUCUGGUUAAGGGAGAUGUACUGCUCUCGUAUGAUGCAAGAAAGAUGCAAGUUCUCAUUGCUGUCAUUCUUUUAGCCAUAAAAUCUUGGACAACCUACCCUAUCCUGAUGUUUUGUGUGAGAGAGGCAGUGGGAGAUCUUUACAUCCAACUGAGGUCUCUCUCUCCUGUUGAAGCUGCCAGAACGGAAUCACUGCGUCGUAAGUUGAUUGCUUUGACACUUUGGGGAACUUCAAUGUUGAUUGCAGUUUUUACACCAAAUAUCAAUAUUGUUGUGAAACUUCUUGGAAGCCUUGCAGCUAUUUUCAUUUUUGUCUUCCCUGUGUGUGUCACUAAGUUCCGUAUCAAGGUCUGAGAAGCCUUCUCCCGCCUUCAUCCCAGUUCACCUUCUCGUGCACUUGCCGACAGUUUUAUAAAGCCCUUGAAAUUCGUAAGUCUUUCUGGAGGAACUUUCAAGCACCAUUCGAGGUAAUGGACUCUACUUCCUCCCUUGAAGCCUUAAUGUUGUUAAUUGCAUCUGUUUAUGUUGUAGGCCUUCCAAUACCCAAAAAAUGUUGGCUUCUUAGAUCUACCAGUAUCCACAGCAGUUGGGAAAUGAUCCCCUUAGAUGCAAUAACUCCCUGACCAAGAGGCUGGAUCAACAAGGGUGUGUUCAGUAUGAAGGGAUGAAACGGUGAUUUGGUUUGCAUAUUCAAUUACUAUUACAGUAAGAGCACUAAACCCUCAGGAUCAUACAGUGAGUGGAAUGGGAUUCCAUCACAUUUGAUCCAAGGAAGAUCUGGCAUAUAUUGUCCAGCUGUAGACUAACACAUACACUGUAAACAGCUCUUAGCUAUUUUACAGGACUGAUCAUCUACCAACAGUGCCUGUGGAAAUGGGAGGCAGUCAGGUUCAGUCCAAGGAAGGGAAGAACAGAUCAAAUUCCUUAGAUCAACAACCCCUCAUCAGCAUCAAGGAACCUCCCUUGAGGGUGUACUGCCUAUAUCCACAGAAUACUCAAAUAGAGGUGUCAAAGAUGAGCAAUAUCUUAAAGGCUGACUCCUUGUAAUAGCACUGUCACCCAUCAUUCGUGGUUUGUAUACCAGUGUACAGGCAUCAUUCUCCUAGCCCUUCCAGUCUGUGUGCACCAAGGAAGUGGUAGACCAGUAUUUGCCUAAACCUGAAACCUGCAGCACUACUGCACAACAGGACAAUCAGACUGCCCUUUGCCACCUUAGACCCCCUGCAGUAUUCUCCUUAGAGAUCUACAUCCUAGAUGGCAUCCAAUCCAGAAAAGCUGUCUUGUCUGCACUGUAAAACUUCCUUCAAACUGUAGUCUUCAGCAGCUAUGAUUACCUUUGGGUCCUUAGGGUACUUUAUAGAAGCAGCAUGAUCAGCACUUGCAUAUUCUUGUCACCUUAAUGUUUUGCAGGUUCAGACACCCAAAGAAACUGAUCAAACCAGCCCUCACUAGCCAUUGAGGGCUCCUGAGGUUCACUUUCAUCAGCCACAAUAAAAUUUUCUGGACCUAACCCUUGACUGUAGCCAAGCAGGGAUUCAUAUUCCUUUGGUUCUAGCUCUUCCAUCCACACUGGCAUGCAGCAUUAUCUCCAGCUUCUCUAAAAACAGGCUUUCAACAUUCUCUUGAACGGAGUAAAUGGUGGAGUCACUAACAUUAAAUACAUGCCCAGAUGCAGAUGACGCCUUAUCCACGUCACAAUUCAAAAUCUAAAUCUCCAGCUUCAUCUCCAGUGUGAGAGUAGUAGUACUCCUACAUUUCUUCUGUGGUCAGACAGGGAUAGAUGAUGAAUUAGUAGGAUGUUGAGAAGCCAUAAUGAUGAGUGCAAUGUUAGACAUGCAAGGAAAAUAUUACAAAUAAGCCAAGGUGUGAGCACUACAGUAAACAAGGCAAAAUUUGUCAUUCUGAGAGUGAGGCAUCACUCCCACAAUGUUCCACACAAAGUGACAUCUACGAAGAGUACAGUGACUACUUGCUUUCAUGAAUAGCAAAUUCCUGAUAGAAAUAAGAGUUGCUGAAUGUAAGAGAAUUCACACAUUGUGAACCUUGGAUAAAUUGAGGGAAACCCAAGAUAUACGUGUACCAUAUAUGUAAACAAACUAUCAGAAGUUAAAUAUUUAUUAUAGUGUAUAUUUGUGGGAGUAUUAAACAUGUAAGGGUCAUACAGCACCUGGAGAAUGGAAAAAUUAUCAGACUUGAUCUAAGGAAGGGCAAGAUAGCUCUAAUUCCUCAGACCAAAAGCCCUUCAUCAGAAUCAAGACCUUAAAGGACACAAAAGCAAAUUACACAAUGAAUCAAGCUUUAAUAUAACUUUUAUUUCUCUAUUACAAUAUAAAUUCAGCUCUUAUUACUGUAUGCACAUUUAUUAAAUGCUCAUUUACAGUGUCCCUACAAUGUUUGUGCAAGACUUUAAAAGGCUACAGUAUUUGGUUUGGCUUUUAUCUACUGUAAAAAUAAUGAACUUUAUUAAACUGGGCAUCAAAUAUAGAUCACAUUUUCAUUAUCAUACAACAAUCUAAUAACUUAAGGCAAAUAAUAUAUUUUAGAUUGUGCACAGUGUAAAUUGCAUUUUAAUACAGUAUUACUAAUUACAUAUGGAACUUCCCCGAGCUUAACACUUUUUAACAUCCAACUUGAAUACUGUACUUCAUUUAACAACUUGAGUACAUCCAUGGGGGGAGUGCUAAAUCUGUAGGGGUCAUACACUACCUCGAGAAAGGGAGGCAAUCAGAUUUAAUCCAAGGGGAGGGCAACUCUAAUUCCUUGGAUAGAGACCAUAAGUGGUUUCAAGGCACCUACCCUGAAGGGACUUCUCUAAAAUAUCUUCCACCCUGCAUGCAUAACUGACUAACGAGUCUUAAGAUCUUCAGCUAGUUCACUGGGCUCUUACAUUAAAUAUUGCCAAGAUAACCUAUUUAAACAAUCUUAUACAUUUGUUUUAUAAGUGGUAAGGCCAUUUUUGUAUUUUCAAUGGCCAAUUUUUUUCCCAAUCUCUUUAUUAAAAAAAUUCACUGAAAACAGUAAAAUUCAUUGUAGUAUAUAAUUUUUAACCUAUUCUUUUAUCAGAGACUUUUUCAUGCUGUUAGAAUGAAAAUACAUUGGAGGUUUCAAAGUUAUGUACAUUUAACAGCAUGCACGUUAGACUAUAACUUGGAUGUAUCUUGCAAAGUCUGGAAAAAAUCAUUUAAAUUUUCUAUAUAUCUUAAGAUGAGCACAGCACUGUAUUCAUAAGAUUAUUUGCAAAGCAGGAACACAUUAAUAAGACAAUAUGUGUUUAUGGCAUUUUACUAAGGUGUGUAGUCCACCAGGGCCUGUCGGAUCUCUAGUGGACGAAAGGUUAUCUCAGUAAAAUUCCAUACACCUUAUGUUGUGUCUUAUUAACAUGUCAAUAUAUUUUACUACUGAUAUACAAAGAACUUCAUUACUGUGCAUCCAGUUACUGAUGAUAGAUAAUUUAAUGUGGUAGAGUAAAAUAACUACUGUACAUAAAAAGCCAAUACUACUGUACCUGUUGUUGAUUCCAGAGGUCAUUGCUCCCACAGCUGCAAUUCAGAUCAGACUUCCUGGUAGAUUAGCCUAAUUAGUCAGGCUGAUGGUGCUUUCAGCAUGCAGUCCAAAAUAAGCACCACAGCCUAGCUAAUCAGGUACCGAGUCUAGGCAAUUAUCAAGUCCCCCUUUGAAUACAGCUAAAGUGUCUGCAUUAUUCAGUUUAUGCUGUGAUAAAUGCCUGUUAGGGAGGAAAAUACUGUUUGUCAGGAGAGGAGGGAAGGUUUCUUUUUGAAGGGUCUUCGUUAUACGACAA